AUUGGGGUCCUUUUUUGAUAGGCGAGAUAUCGUGGUGCUGGCUACGUGAAAACAGUUACCGUGUCAUUCAAAAGCAAGCUGCAAAUAGGACAAAAUAAACAUCACAUCUGAGCUUGUUUGGGAUUUCGGCAUUUCUGCUAGAUAAACAAAUUGUCACUUAUCGGCAAUUUAUCUGGUAGCUGUCAUUUGACAGUCAAGAAAAGUGUUUAAUACCGUGUGGCACUGGCUUUUGUUUUUAGCUUUAACAAGCUAUCGACUUUAUCGACGCUAGCUCUCACUGCUGCAAGAGAACAAGAAAAACUGCGAUCUACAAGCUUCCACUAUUUCUGCCCAGUGUCAAGUUAAUAAAGAGAGCGGCGUUAAUGAGUAGCAAUGUCUGGCAUCGCUCUUAGCAGACUGUCACAGGAGCGCAAAGCAUGGCGGAAAGACCACCCAUUCGGAUUUGUUGCUGUACCCACCAAAAAUCCUGAUGGAACCAUGAACCUGAUGAACUGGGAAUGUGCGAUCCCAGGAAAGAAGGGGACCUUGUGGGAAGGAGGCCAGUACAAACUCAGAAUGCUCUUCAAAGAUGAUUAUCCCUCCUCGCCACCAAAAUGCAAAUUUGAGCCACCUAUAUUCCAUCCCAACGUCUAUCCUUCUGGCACAGUGUGCCUGUCCAUCCUAGAGGAGGACAAAGACUGGAGGCCAGCCAUCACUAUCAAACAGAUCCUGUUGGGGAUCCAAGAGCUUCUGAAUGAACCCAACAUCCAGGACCCUGCACAAGCAGAGGCAUACACAAUCUACUGUCAGAACAGAAUGGACUAUGAGAAGAGGGUGAGGGCACAGGCCAAGAAGUUUGCCCCAACAUAGAGCUGGGCAGGCACUUCACCUGACCUUCCUGAGAAUGGAAAGGCAGCAUUCAAAGGACCACUCCAAUAAACAUCUACAGUUUCAGCAUUUAUUGUUUACUACGGACCUUGGAAAGGGUUGUGAUUUUUAUGUAGGUAUGUUGUAAAAAUAUUUAGGUCAUGGAACAAGAAUGUUGACAACCACAGAAAACAAAACCCUUGACCGUAAAACUACCCCCUUUUUUUUUUUUUUUACAGAAAUGUCACCCCAUAUUAAUUGGUAAUUUGCAGAAAAAUAAUCACACACAGAAUUAAUAUGUUAUUGUUCAUAGUCUGGCAUCGUUUCUGCUUGUACACCCCCAAAUAUGAUAAUUGUUUCACAUAUUUGACUUUGAUCCUACUUCUUGUUUUGGGAGCAUUCAAGGUUGUAUUUGGAUCCUUCAACUAACCUGGGUGACUGAAUUAAGUGCACUUCAUAGAGAUAGAAGACCAGAGAGGUUAACCUCUGAAGACAUGAGUGCAUGUACAUAUAUAAAUAUUGAGAGUUGUGGAACCUAUGUUUUAUAAUGUUUUAGCAAGUUGAUAUGUGUGUGUGUGGUAUUAAAAGUAAUGAACUCAAUUAAAUGUAUGAUGUGAAAUAAAA